AUGUUUCAGUUGCCAAUGCUGAAUUUCAGCCCCCAGCAGGUAGCGGGGGUGUGUGAGACUCUGGAGGAAAGCGGCGACAUCGAGCGCCUCGGUCGGUUCCUGUGGUCGCUGCCUGUAGCGCCCGCCGCCUGCGAGGUACUAAACCGGAACGAGUCGGUGCUGCGAGCGCGCGCCAUCGUGGCCUUCCACACCGGCAACUUCCGCGAGCUUUACCACAUCCUGGAGAACCACAAAUUCACCAAAGACUCUCAUUCUAAACUGCAAGCGCUGUGGCUCGAGUCGCACUACCGGGAGGCGGAAAAGCUCCGGGGCCGCCCGCUCGGGCCGGUAGACAAAUACAGGGUGCGGAAGAAGUUUCCACUGCCCAAAACUAUUUGGGACGGAGAACAAAAGACGCACUGCUUCAAAGAAAGGACCAGACAUUUGCUGCGGGAAUGGUAUCUACAGGACCCUUACCCGAACCCGAGCAAAAAGAGGGAGCUUGCACAAGCCACGGGACUUACUCCUACUCAAGUGGGCAACUGGUUUAAAAACCGAAGACAAAGGGACAGAGCAGCAGCCGCGAAGAACAGGUUACAACAGCAGGUGCUGACUAACGGCUCGGUUACGGCUGAGGACGGCGCCGCGGAUCGGCUCGGUAACGCGUCCAGCCCGGAAGCCGGCCUGUCAAGUCAAGCUGCUGCUUCCGCCAUCUCCAUCACGUCGAGUGACAGCGAAUGUGACAUCUAACGCCGCGGCACGAGCCUCCCCGCGGGAGCACCACGCAAAAAUUAACACAUUAACGAAGGAAUUGGAGACAGACAAUCAUCAAGACAAACAAGCACAUCGGUGCCUGCCUUAACGUAUUAAAGGCUAUGUUUUUGUUGUUAUUGGAUGGCUGUCAAAACAGCCAAAGAUAAACGGAAUGCUCUAUCUUUUAAAAAAAAAAUGUAGGCCUAUUUAUCUUUUUUUUUUUUUCUUUCCAUAACCAAGUGUGAAAUACACGAAGAGAUUCGGGGGAAUAGAUAGACAGAGAGGCAGAAAGAAAGAUGAGAUCCUCCUGUCAAAUUACAUAAAUCGAAAUCGGAUACAUCGGAGAAAUAUGAACAACGCAAAACGACAACCUUUUUGUUUGCUUUCAGAAGGACUUCAUGUUGAGUCGACAUUUUUUCUAAGAUGUUUACGUAUUAAAAGUCGUGGCUCUAAUAGAAACGUUGAUUUGCUUGCUUAUUUCAAGUCCGGUCGUUUUUGGUGUAAAUCGUUGGGCUUUUAGAGUGCGAUGAAUAGUGGACAUAUGUUUGAAUUAAUUAAGGACGUUAAGUUAAUAAAAUGUUUUAUGAUCAAAGACGUAUUGUCAUUAAUACUUCAGAUUAUUAUUAUUAUUAUUAUUAUUAUUAUUAUUAUUAUUAUUAUUAUUGAUGGUGCUUGCCACUCUUAAAAUAUGAAAGCAAGACAGUUAUUUAGCCUUACGUGUUUUUUUGUUUGUUUGUUUGUUUAUUUAUUUAUUUAUUAUUACUUGCACUCGUGUGUAAUCACCCAAAUUAAUUACCUUGUCUUUGUCAAACAUUGUAAAGACUUGAAUUUACUCUAUUUUAUGGAAACCGACCGUGUCAUUUCUCUUGCCUUAAUUAUUUGCCUGGUAUUUCAAACUAGGCAACACAUACAUAGUUCAAUUAAUGUGACUUAAACGCCUCAUGAUACGGGUUUCGUUAAACUCUUUAUUAGUCAAAACGAUUACAGUGCAUGCUCAGAUCUGUUCCGUGAAUGCUAUAAAUCCGACUCUUUGUUUAGACGGGUAGAUUAGUGGAACCAUUGCCUCGGCGUUGUUGGUGUCCAUGUUUAAAUGGUGUGUGGUUCAUGCACGGGCGUUAAUGGAUAAAUGUGGGCCGUAGUGGUGAUACCUUACUGCGUGUCUGCUCGUGUUAACUGCAGCGUUGUUGGCGUUGCGCUUCCUAAUUCUCUCUGACAGUAGAAGGUCAGCCAAAGGGCGCAGCGCCUCGGUUUCAAAACGAGAAGACUGAAUACACAUCACUAAUAGAAAUUCCAUAAGCCUCACGCACAAAUUGUAGGCUCUGUCAUUCUUGGGAUAUUCUUUUCAUGUUUUGCUAUUUUGUUAGAAGCAGAUCGUUAAUGCUUUCUUUCUUGGAUCCUCUUCUCUUUAUUCGAAACAAUUCAGGUUACAACGUACGGAUUCUUUUCUAUAAAAUGAUUUUUUUUCUUUCUUUUUUUUUCUUUCUUUUUUCUUUUCUUUUUUUUUUUUUUUAUAAAUUGUUGGUGUAUAAGAAAGAAAUAACAUGUGAUACCAGUAUUUUACAUCAUGAGUAUUUGGAAAGGUAUAGAAAAGCAUUUGAAAAGCAAAGAAAAAAAAUCUCCAUUGUUAAAACCGUAAUGUAGCCUACAUUUGAGAAGGGUGAAACUACACUGUUUUCAAAUGAACACUGGGAUUUAUUAAACACUGGUGACUAACACGCUACACUGUUACUCAGACCUAAUUAAUAUGAGGUUUAUAUUACUAAUGGAUUCAAUUACCAGAUGUUAAUGCACAGGAAUAUUUUUUUAUCUAACAUAAUUUUUAGUAUAGCUCACCAUAUUUACUCUGGCAGUUCACCCUAGUUGUGCUAAUUCGUUUAGUACUUCAACAAUUCUGAGCAACUCGUCCACAAAAGCAACUCUUUCGUUUGUGUAACGGCAUCUAAAGACCUGCAGAAAUCUAGAAAAGUUCACAGUUUACCACUAUCCAACGUAUAGGCUUGUAAAACAUCGACUGGUCAUAUAACCUUGGUUCAGAGAAUAAGCAAUGUCGCGACAAAAGUUCGUAUUAUCAUCCCUUAUUCUUCCUAUGCUGAAGUUCAGGUUCAAUUAUGCGUGUGGUUUAUUUCUCACUGACAUAGGCCUAAGUCAUAACACACAGCAAGAGCUUCUUUUAUGUCCCUUUUGUUACUGGAAUGGGUAGCAAGCUGUGGCAAACUAAUUGUCACUGCGACAUAAAUGGAGGAACAGUCGAAGUAGGAGAACGAAGAGAGAAGCUCAUUGAAUUUGUGCAGGGACAAAAGCGGAGAGGUUAGCUGAAAAGAGUGUUCCUGGCAGUCAAUAAGGCUGUCAAACUGUUCAGCGCUAAUCAGCGGUAAUGAUGGCCUCUCAAGCCCAACGGGAACAAAAAGCCUUAAAAAGUUCUGGGACGGGAUGAG